CCUUCCUCCUCCUGCCGUUUUGACACUGAUUAUUUUGGUAUCCCCGAGAACAUACCGUAAAAGCUUGUGUCACUUCUAAAUAGAUAGUGAGAGAGCGACUGCUCGGAGUCCUAACAAGGCAUGCAGUCAGCUAGACUUUGUUCAGACAACUGACAGGCACACAAGCCUCGGCAGCGGCCGUCGCUAGACAAGGUUGAUAACAGAAAGUAGCUGCUGGCUAAUGUCGACGCUAGCUAGCUGGUGAGCUAGCUUAGCUACGUGGACACGAAUAGUUAACUCGUGUCACCUGCAUUCAACCAGAGAAACUGGUUUGGUUAGGGUGAAUUUCAAGAGGGAAACACUUGUCAUCGAAAGGCUGCAAGUCAAGAGGAUUGUCUGUGAGGAAGGACACUGUUAAAGGUUGUAUGCACGGUGUUGCUGGAGAGCUUGGUGAUAGACAGUGCCCAUCACUGGCACUGGGACAGGGAGCCAAUGAUGAGAGCUCUGGCUCUGGGUGUUUGCUGGCCAGCAUAGAUGCCGAUAUGCCCCUGUGGUCCUCAUCCUGAUGGACCGAGACACGUUCUCCCACAUCCGUCUGUGGUGCCCACGCCCCUUUGGCACCUACUCCCAGAACAAAGCCAGAAGUCCAGGCUCAGGGGGCAGUGGUGGAGGCAGUAGUGGGACAGGGUCCCCCUCCCUCUGCAAGGCAGAGCCUUCUUCAGGCGCCAGAAGGACAGGGGAUGGAGCCGAAGAUGGGGGGAUGAUAGUAAGGGUGAAGGAGGAGAAUGGGGAAGUGGACGAUGUGGGCUCCGAGAAUACUCCACCUGAACCGGAGCUCGUGUCCAGCUCACUAACACAGAGCCAGGUCUCUGCUCCCUCCUCUGCCCCUCCUUCACCACCCUCUUCCGGGUCCCAGAUGGAAGAUGGCCGCGUGCUGUUAGACACCUGGUAUGUCAUAAAGCCAGGAAACACCAAGGAAAAGAUUGCCUUCUUUGUUGCACACCAGUUCAGUGGAGCCGGCCAGCCUAGACCCAGCGCCAUGAAGGUUAAAGGUAACUGGGCAACUGACUGCAGUAAAGCCAAAAGACGGAGACGAUGUUCAUCCUAUGACCCUCCAACUCGCUCCCAAGCCUCAGACCCACACCUUAGUCAUGACUCCUCCCCUGCACCUCAAAGCCCUGAUGAACAACUUUUAGGAGGGGCAAAUGAGACGGACCUGCUUUCAGUGGCAGAGAUGGUGGCCUUGGUUGAGCAGAGGACCGCCAUGGCCCUCCAGGGGAUUGUGGCUGUUCAUGGGAACCAACACAACCAGCAGCCCCCAACUUCAACUCCUAGUCAGGCCCUUACCCCCAACCAGCACACUCUACUCCGGGGCACUGUGUCAGACCCCACCCCUGUAGUUUUUGUGUCAGAUAGUUCAAGUGGCCAGCCCUCCAAAGAGGUCCAAGAGUCAUCAUCGCCCAUCCAGACAGACCAGGAGCUAGAGGAGCAGCAGGAGUCAUGCAGGGUAGCCCAGGCCAUUGCACACUUUGAGUCCCAGAACCUGUCUAAUCUGGGUGCUAGUCCAGGAACAGACUCUUCUAAUCGAGACAGAGACAGUGAACGCCGGAGAGGAGGGGAGUCUAGCAUGGUAACACCUCCUCCACCCCCCAGCCACAGUCAUGGUGAGGUUAGGAUAGCUUUUAGAGUGUCGAACCUGGAUCCACGUUCUCAAUUGGAGCCAGCCGGCAGGUCCCGCUGUAUGUUUAUGAGCUGUGGAGGUGGGGGUAACCAGGCAGCAGCCAGGGCCAAAGAGAAAAUCACCUGUGACCUCUACCAGCUUGUUAGCCCUUCAUCUAGAGACCCAAGUAGUCUGCUGCUUGCCGCCACAACUGCUGCCCCCAAACCAGAUGGAGAACUCCAUCACCCCGACAGGCAGGCCUGUGGCAGUCCAGAUCCGACCCAGGAGCUUUCCUCUGGGGAGAAGAAAGCUGUGGGUGUGGGGAGGGAGCGAGUUACAGGUUUCCAUGUGGAGGUGGUGGUGACAGGUGCUGUGGACCAAUGUGUGUUUUAUGGCAAGGACAGUACAGAGAAUGUGCAGGAAGAGACAGUGUGCUUUGCUAUGCCUAGUGGGGGAGGUGGUGGUGGGGCUGUUGGCAGUUCCACAGACCCAUCAUCAGAUGAUCCCCCACCUGGUCAACUCUUCUUCCUCCAGCCCUCUCGGGGCCCAGAGGAGGAAGUUAAAGGAACUGCUGCUGGCAAUGGGUCAGGAAUGUGCUCUUUGGACUGUGCCAAUAACAACGGGCCUGGGGCAGGCGUGGCAGUGGGCUCAGGGGAACGGGCAACUAGACCAGACUCUCCUAGUGUUGGGGAGGACUGUUCAGACCCUUCGCUGUGUCGCCUCUACCGCCACGUGUCACACGAUUUUCUGGAAAUCCGGUUUCAGAUUCAGCGCCUCCUUGAACCGCGUCAGUACAUGCUGCUGCUGCCCGACCACAUCAUGGUCAACAUCUUCAGUUACCUUCCCACACGCUCACUGGCAGCCCUCAAGUGUACCUGCCACUACUUCAAGGUAUUGAUCGAGACAUAUGGGGUGCGGGCAGUGGAUUCACGCUGGAAUCAAGACCCUCUGUAUCGUGAUGACCCCUGUAAGCAGUGUAAGCGGCAAUAUGAGCGUGGGGACGUUUCCCUGUGCCGUUGGCACCCCAAACCUUACCACCACGACCUGCCUUAUGGACGAUCCUACUGGAUGUGUUGCCGGCGUACAGACAAAGACACACCAGGCUGCCGUGUUGGACUACAUGAUAACAACUGGGUCCAGCAGCCUGCUGAUGGCUCUCAGCCCAUUCGCACCAAGAGAGAGGACAGGAGGGAGGAGGCAAGGUAGAGAGAGAAGAGUACACCUCAUACAACUCUCAUCUCCUCCUGAUCACGUCUUUCUUUUCUUCCUCUCACAUCUGUCCAGAGGACAAACAGAAGAUGAGAGAGGAGUACAAGGAGGAACCAUCACUCCAGGACUGUUUUGUCUUUCUUCGCUCCGGCACUCCCCUCUCACUUUUGCCCUCAGUGGAGGGAGGUGAGAGGUAAAGAAGGAAGAGUGGCGUGUCACUCUCCUUGCCUUUGUUUUUCAAGCCCUCCAGAAUCCCUCUGUCCUCCCACUGUGCUCCAGAGUGACACCUUUUAAAAGUUUGCAUACCAGGGUUGGGGUCCCCUCCUGCUGCUGUCAGUCAGCCCUCUUUCUGCCUCUCACUCAUUUGGGUUUCUGUCUAACUCAGAACAUGGUUGUUAGGUAAUUCAUGUGAAAACUUGCAGUGUAUUUGAUUGAGAUUAGCAUUCAUAAAGUGACGCAUAGAAAUGUAAUGCCCUAGAGCCUGCUAACUGUUCCUGAUAUAUGUUCUAUGUUUUGUGUUGUAUCACAAACUUUCAUGUUAGCUGUACAAUGGUGCUUCGAGGAAUGAGCUGUACUGAAUCCCAUCAGAUGUAAGUUUUCAGUGGUCGAAUGUUCAGCAUUGCUAUAGAAAUGUGAUUGUAUAAAGCAAACUUGAUUUUCCGUUGUACCAGAUUGCCAUUUGUAUCUGUCCCACGCCAUGCGUUUCUAUUUCUCUGAAUGUGCUGUAACGUUGUACUAUGUCCAUUAGUCCCCUGAUAAUGCUGCUGAAAUCAUUGCCUGUGUCACUGACACAGUUAAUUCUGAAAUAGGAAUACCAUUGGUUCAUGAUGGGCACAGUCUCAUAGUUCUAGCCAGUAACUCUGGCCUCUGGGACCUGUUUUUGUCAUUAUUUCAGAGUGGACCCUAACCUUGCUGACCAGCCAUAAAAAGGAGCCAACAAGUACUUUCUUGUUUACACAGAAUCAUGGGAGAUGGACUAUAAUGAUUAAGACCAGUGGGAUUGAAUGGGAUGAAAAAGAGAAACUUGAUGUCACUUUGGAAAGGCCUGAUGUCACUUUGUAUGGUUUGAUUGAUUUGCUUGUUUGCCAUUUUGUUUUCUUUUCUUGUUUUUUUUUUUUUUUGUUUUUUUUGUUUUUUUUGGCACUUUUAUUGGGGUGUGUGUCAGAAUGUUUGCUGUUGUAUUUGCUUGAGGACCGUGUUCUCCCUGUAACAGUCUGUCACCCUACUUCACCUGCAAAGAUGUAUUUUUUAAAUACUCCAUCUUUGUUUUAAACCCCAGCUCUCUUCCUCUCCUCGUCCCCUCCGUCCUCCGAAUCGGCAGAGGGCAGCGUUUGCCAAAGCCGUCAUUCAUGCUUCGAAGCGGGUGAAACCGACUACCACAGACCGCAGAAACUCUCGACACCAGCUUCCAGCCUUAAAAGCCCCCCUACCUCUUACCCGCCCUGCAGGAGAUUGAUGCGUCAGAUACCUCACAGAUGAUCAAGAGUAUUGGGAGUUGCACAGGACCCUGUAAGAGGCUAGAUCUCAGACGCUCCAUCCAGCUCUACUGGAUCCACCCAUAACUCUUUUGUGGGAGUGUAAGAUGAUGAACAGUGCCUGGUGACGGCUCUGACCCUUCAUUCUUAAAAAACCCUCCUCUCUACUCCCCCCUCUCCCUGCUGUUAUACUCCCCCCUACCCCUGCAAGCUGACAGACUGGACAAUAAAGAACUCACGCAAUGAAUGAUGCUGAAACUCUGCAUGGAGGUGGGAAGAUGGUUCGGUAGUUUUGGGAGAACUCUGUAGGUUCCAGACAUGUACAAUGCUAAUGGGAAAUAUCUGCUUAAAUAAAACAGAAGUGAUGAUUAAAACUGGAAAUCUGAA